UGCACGCGUCGACCAAGGUGCCAACGAUACCAUUCUCGGAUCGACAUUGUCGUGCGGAAACGGCCCACCAGCAUGGGCAAGAAGACCAAGAAUAAAUGGCUCCGCCAACUCACCGACAUGAUGGAGAGGCAUGGGUUCAAACUCAAACGCAAUGAAAACCAUCUCGUGUGGAGGAACGACCGGCUGAGCAUUCAAAUUGCUACGUCCAGCAGCCCAAGCGACUUGAAUGCGAUCCGUCAGAUCGAGCGCGACAUCAGGCGCAAACUCAGCUGCGAUCACCCGUGGUACAAGGUUCCCUGCGCCGCGUAGGCUACCAGAACGGUCAUUGCCAUGAGCGAGCGCCGAGCAAUGCGAAUCGUGCCGACCUAGCAUCGUCUAUCGAUCAACAAGACUGGGCACGGUGGCUCUAGUACGCGC